CAGCCCCCAUGGAUAGCCGAUUUGUCUUGCGGUUUGCACAUGCGCAUUCUGUGCUUCCAGCCUUGACAGCUGGAGGAGAAAAUGGCAGCCCUCAUGCUAGGACAGCAGGCCCGCCAGUUUAGCACAUCAGCCAUUAGGCCUGCAGCCAAACUGGUCAAGCCACCCAUCCAGGUUUAUGGAGUCGAAGGUCGUUAUGCCACUGCUCUGUUUUCAGCUGCUAGUAAGCAGAACAAACUGGACCAAGUGGAGAAGGAGCUGGGUAAAGUGAAUGCUCUCAUCAAGGACCCCAUACUUUCUAGUGUGGUCAUGAACCCCCAUGUGAAGCGCAGCCUUAAGCAGAAGACCUUUCACGAUGCCCUUGCAAAGGCUAAAGUCUCCCCUAUUACAGUUAACCUCAUCAAUGUCCUGUCUGACAAUGGUCGUCUUACUCUAACUGGUGACGUCAUCGCUGCUUUCGGCAAGAUGAUGAGUGCACACCGUGGAGAGGUGAUCUGCUCAGUAACCACUGCUCAGCCUUUGGAUCAAGCUAAUCUAGCUGAGCUGAAAGUCGCACUCAAUGGAUUUCUUCAGAAAGGUGAAACUAUCAAGCUGGAAACCAAGGUCGCGGGCGUGCUGGAGCCUAUCCAAGCUAUCAUCGGGCAGGAGGCGGGGUACACCCUGAACUGGUUGCCAGCCACAUACAUACAAACAAACAACAAUUCACACUCACGUUCACACCUACGGGCAAUUUAGAGUUGUCAAUUAACCUACCAUGCAUGUUUUUGGGAUGUGGGUGCCUGGAGAAAACCUGCAAACUCCACACAGGCCAGGCCGGGAUUUGAACCCCGGUCCUCAGAAGUGUGAGGCAGACGCUCUAACCAGUCCUCCACUGUGCCGGCCUCGUUUUCACCCUAUUUGAGCAAUUUGACCUAUGAAUCUGUAACAUUUGAUUUACUGGUGAUGCACAUGCAUGUUAUCUACCUUUUUUAUUUAAUUUUGUUUUCAUUUAAAAGUCAAUUGUUUUAAUGGUAUGAAAAUUACCCAUUUCAGGACUGAUAGUUUUUUUUUGUAUUUGUAACUGUGUAUUA